AUGGCAAGGCCCGCGGACGACGAACAGCCGAAGCCGCAACAGCCGGAAGCGCUUGCGGCCGCGCUAAGUAAGGCUGCAGAGGCUAGACGGGAAAAUGAGCAGUUGAUGCAGGUGCUGAUCAACAUCGACAAGGAAAUCGUCACCCUGCUCCGAACGGCUGCACAAACUAUUGCGCGCUUGGCCUCCGGUCCUUCCACGGCGGACGACUCAUCGCCGCCAUCGCCACCAGGAUCGGCAAUACCCUCUGCACCACCGUCCCCUGACUCACCGUCUACACCAACGUCGCCGGAACGAUCAGCACCAGUCCCAUUUGCUCAGAAGCACUUUGACUACGUCUCCACUGUCAACAAAAUUCAGCACGCGCUGCGCACGAUCAUACGCAUUCUGGCUCAAAACGGUGUUCUUGCUGCGGCCGCCGCCACCUCGAGCACGGCUGAUACGACGACGACAUUGAAAGCGAAUGUAGUGCCGCAUGGCGGCGUGCCGUACAAUGUAUCUCUGGCGGGUGAAGAAAAGGAUCUUGAGCUAGCUGCGAACAGGGUCGAGCUGCUGUUGCAAGUUGUAAGGAGUGCGGGGGUGGAGUUGGACAGGUUGGGCAUACGAAGACGCAGGGAAGAGGGAAUGGAGGAGAAUGUGGUGGUGGACAUGGACGAAAGUGGGAGUGACAUGCCGAUGGAGACGUCAGAUUGCAUCAGAGCUUACUCGGUGAACUCAGACGCGGCUCUACCCUCGAAUCUUGGAUGGGGCCCAUUAGGCAAAAGCUGA